GCCAUCAGCCCCGACGCCAAGGUCUGCUUCUCCUGCUGCAGCGACGGCAACAUCGCCGUGUGGGACCUCCACAACCAGACGCUGGUCAGGCAGUUCCAGGGCCACACGGACGGCGCUAGCUGCAUCGACAUCUCCCACGACGGCACCAAGCUGUGGACGGGCGGGCUGGACAACACGGUGCGAUCCUGGGACCUAAGGGAGGGCCGGCAGCUCCAGCAGCACGACUUCACCUCCCAGAUCUUCUCCUUGGGCUACUGUCCGACCGGGGAGUGGCUCGCGGUGGGCAUGGAGAGCAGCAACGUGGAGGUUCUGCACCACACCAAGCCCGACAAGUACCAGCUCCACCUGCACGAGAGCUGCGUCCUCUCCCUCAAGUUUGCCUACUGCGGUAAAUGGUUUGUGAGCACGGGGAAGGACAAUCUGUUGAACGCAUGGAGGACUCCGUAUGGCGCCAGCAUAUUCCAGUCCAAGGAGUCGUCGUCCGUGCUCAGCUGCGACAUCUCUGCCGACGACAAGUACAUCGUGACGGGCUCUGGGGACAAGAAGGCCACGGUGUACGAGGUGAUCUACUAAACCGGAGGACCCUUGGCGCUCCGACCCCCCCCCCCCCACCCCGCCCCAAACUCAGACAGCAUGGAUGUCGCCUGCAGCCCCCCACUCCCCUCACCGGCCUGGAUCAGCAGCAGGAUGACUCAGAGCCAGACGAGGGUGGACUACGGCGUUCUGCCCCCCAACCCCCCCCCCCCCCCCGACGGCGCUGUCCUCCCUCCUUCGUGUGACUCAACCCGUGUACAGUCGAGGGGGCGGCCGUCAAGGCACCGGAGAAGAAAUUAUUGUCUUGCAGUUCUUUUUGGUUUUACUUUUCUUUUUUUCCUUUGGAUAUUUUUGUGAUUUUGUUUUUGAUUUUCAAACCUGGAGGUUCGGUUCCGCGACGCGACUAGAAGCGGUGGUUCGCUCUGAAGCUUCCUCUCUGCAGGUUCUGUGAAAAGUGUACAUAAUGGAGUAAUAAAAGGCCUUUUAUAGAUUUAUAUUUUGGUGUCCUGUUACGCUUGUGAUGAUUCUUUCUUGUUCUCUCCUUGAUUUUCUGUCCCCUCUGGGAAUGGAAAUUAGAUUAGGACUGUAAGAGGAUAUUCUAUUUCACUUUCCCCAUCCUAUGCCCUUUUUUUCCACGUUCUUUGUCCACGAUGACCUUUUGGAAAUCUAAUUUGUUUUUUUUCUUUUCUCGCUCAAAACAUCAAUGCUGUUUUGGUAGAAAACAGACAUUUGUCCAUUUGGGAUGGGAAGAAUUCUGGAAACAUCCUUCGUGUCUGACUGGAACGGAGACACCAUCAUACUUUCCAGACCGUUUUUUUCCCGGUUCCCAAAUAUCAACAGUUCCAACGUUCAAGUUUUGGAUGUAUCGUGACUCAUUGGCUGCUUUUUAUCGACAUUUUAAUGGUCUGACUACUGGCCCGAGUGGAGGACUGGGGGUUUCCUAGAGAACCAUAUGAAGCCUUCUCUUUUUGUUCCUUGACUCUUAAAGUAUCAUAUGAACCUUUUUGUGCUCAUUGUGUCCGUGUCCAUGCGUCUGAGAGGAGGUCUGAAAUGCCCUCUCACUGACUCACCAUGACUGAUAUGCAAAGCUUCCAAAGUUAGUCAUGCAAUUGGCAGACAAGAAUGUCAAGAUUGAACAUAUUUGGUUAAUGCGCUGUUUACUUUAUUUCUCAGUACUUGACGAUAUCUCGUUAUAAUCUUCUCUCCUGGACGGCAAUGGUCUCUGCUCUAACACACUUCAAAUCUUGUAGCAAACACUUGUCAUCGUCACUAAGGAUUGUACAGUUGUUGAUAUUUCAAUAAACUGUUUUUUUAUA